GUCCAUCUUCUCAAGACAUUGAUAGGAGAGUGCGGGAAAAACGACGCAGUGCCAUUGUGCUUCGAGAACUGCCUAGGUAAGGACACGGACCAGUGAUGAACAGGAUAAGGAUCCACGUGUUGCCAUCGAGCAGAGGCCGUGUGGCCCAGACCGCCCGUACCCAGGAGCCCCAGGCCUGCUCCUUCACCCAGCGACCCUGCUCCCAGCCGCGCCUGGAGGGCCUGGAGUUCUGCAUCAAACACGUCCUGGAGGACAAGAACGCCCCUUACAGACAGUGUAGCUACGUCUCCAACAAGAAUGGCAAGCGCUGCCUGAACGCAGCCCCGAAGGUGGAAAAGAAAGAAGGGGUGACCUUCUGUGCGGAACACGCUAGAAGGAAUGCCAUGGCUCUCCAGGCCCAGCUAAGAAAGGCCUCAUCCGGACCCUCCCCUGAAGCCCUCCUAUCUCAGCUCAGUGGCUACAACCGCCCUGAGACGCAUGGCCUGGACAGUGGCCGCAGUGAAGCCACCCGCAUCCUAGAUGUGGACAGCUGGAGUGAGGAGGAGCAGGGACCACUGGUGCUGGACCAGACAUGGAGAGGAGAUCCAGACAGUGAAGCUGACAGCGUCGACAGUGACCAUGAGGAUCCUCUCAAACAUGCAGGGGUGUACACGGCAGAGGAGGUUGCUCUGAUCACACGGGAGAAGCUCAUCAGACUCCAGUCUCUCUACAUCGACCAGUUCAAACGCCUGCAGCACCUCCUCAAGGAGAAGAAGCGCCGAUACCUGCACAGCCGCAAGGUGGAGCAUGAGACACUAGGGAGUAGUUUGCUGACUGGCCCGGAGGGUCUCUCCAUGAAGGAGAGGGAGAACCUGAGAAAGCUGAAGGCUCUACGUCGGUACCGCCGCCGGUAUGGCGUGGAGGCUCUGCUUCACCGGCAGCUCCGAGAGAGGAGACAGGCUGUCACUGAAGGAGCUCCUCUUCAGGCACAUACGAUGCGGUCUAGCCAGAGGUGUAUCUCCUAUGUGGAAGGGACCCGCUGUUCUAACCAGUGUCUCCCAAUGACACGACAUUGCGUCUCUCACAUCUACCAGGACAGUAACCAGGUACUGUUCAAGAUGUGUCCGGGGCUGAAGGAUGUUCCCUGUGACCGGCCCGUUCACAUGGGCCAGUCAGAGGAGCCUCGCUGCCCCCUGCACCUCUCCCUGCCUCCCCCCAUGUACCAGCCUGAACAGGAGACAGCCCUGACCCCAGAGCAGCUGGAUGCAGUACUACCCAAAGACAUGUACUUGAGUGCUGCAGAGCUACAGCCCACGGAGAGCCUGCCGUUAGAGUUCAGUGAUGACCUGGAUGUAGUGGGGUGUCCUCCGUCCCCUCUGAUGUUUGACACAGCCCUGGCUCUGGAGGACCAGACUAUCAGGGCCAUCGCUGAGGGGCCUAUGGACAUUCUGACCGGGGUCGAGCUGGACGCUUCGGGACACGACGACUCUGCUGACAUGGAGCUCUCUGAGAGAGUUCUGCAGUCUAUAGAGGACCAAAUUGUAUCAGAGGUAAUAGGAGGAGGGGACACCACGGAAAAUUCAUCAACAGAACUGGACCAUGUUGCUGCAGACACCUCCAGAUGAGACCUUUGCCUCAACCAUGUUCAAAUUAUAGACUUGUGUUGAAUUCCAGAGACUAAUGUUGAGUUGACCAGUUCAAAGCCAGGAUGGAUCUACAAGGUGGUAGAUCAUAAUGAUGCCUUUGCACACCAUUGCCAAAUGACUACUGUUAAGUCAUUGUUUAAUUAGUUGUCAUAUUGCUAACUUUUGCUGAUAUACUCUGAGUCGGUUCAAUGUCUGUCUGGUCUUGUGCACCGUUGCCAUUCUCAACUUUACCUGUGUAAUUUAAUAACUCCUGGCUUCUCCAUAAACUACAAACAGAUGUAUAUCUUGUAUACAAAGUCAGUGUUGGUAUAGUGGAAAGAUGAAACACCACUUGUAACUGGUUUGUUACUGUUCAAUAAACACUCCACAAAUGCUUGUA